AUGGAUGCCAGAAACGUCAUCUACAAGGUGAUCAAACCACGUUCGAGCCUCGCCAGCUCGUCUUCGACUGCGUGUGAAGACUCGGAGAAUCUCCUGGAGAGAAAGCAAGUGCUCCGAUGGCGACAUGGAUGGUGGGAACUAAGGAGGUCCUACUACAUUUGGGCAGCCCAAAUUAUAUUCUUGCUAUUAUCGCUCUCCUUCUUCAUUGUGGGACUUCAGCAGCAGAGGUACCCGACAGAACAGCAGUGUGCGGCUCAACUGUCUGCCUACUCACCGGCCUUGGAGGCUGUGGAGUAUGAGAUGGUCCGCUUCCAAGGAGCGCUGCUCGAUAAGAACCCCUACAAAGGUGAACCGAGCCCAGAACUAGACGCUGCAUGGGAUGAGAUCGUAAACAUGGGCCAAAUCAAAGUCCAUUCGGGCGAUCUGAGGCACUUGAAAAAGCCCCUGACCCAAGCCAAGUUGCGCACCGCCGAUGAAGAGUGGUAUACUGGUGGCUUGGAAGUAUUCCAUCAGUUACACUGCGUGAAUCUGAUCCGGCAAUAUACGUACCUUGACUAUUAUUACCGUCCCGAGAAUCGACCACCUUCAUUUACGGAUUCCAACCAUACUCUUCGUCUGCACAUUGACCAUUGCAUCGACAUGCUCCGGCAGGUAGUGCAGUGCCAAGGAGAUGUUGGCAUCGUCACCAGCAGCUGGGUGGCAGGCUUUCCUGAUCCAUAUCCUGAUUUUAACAGCUGGCAUAAAUGCCGCAAAUUCCAGCCCUUGAAUGAUUAUACCCAGCGACAUCUCCUCACGGAGAAGGUCAUGAAGACAUCCGAGGAUUUGACUCUUCCUAGACCGCCCUGCGAGAAUGCUGGUCCCAAGGAUAUUUGUCCAUAG